GAAGCCAGCUUUUUCGAAGUACCAGGAGGUUUGUGUGCCAGAGUUUCCAUUUCUAGCGCCAGGCCUCGGGUGUGGUUUGCCAUGACGCUGGGACAGAGCGUGUAGAGGAGCGCCUGGAGGCCUCGCUGGCCCCUCUCCUCUUGACUGCUUCCAAGAGACUUGGGACCCACCUCCAAGGACCAACUCUUCUGCCUCUGAUGACGAUGACUUGUGCAGACCUGUAGACGAAACCGUUGAUCGUUGUCAAGACAAGGAGGCUAUUUUUCUAUAGUAAUUUCCCUUCCCAGAAAUCAAGCCUUCAAGGCUUCUGAGGAAAGCAGUGGUCAGACAGAAUGGCUCCAGUAAAUCAGCCAAAGGACAAGAAGCAUGAGAGGGCACAUGAGCAUUGGUCAGAAGAGACACAAUCGUCUGGGAAAAGGAAACUGGACUACAAGGAACUAGAGAACGAACCACUAGCAAAGAAAUUGUUUCUGAGAAAAACAUCCAAACCCCUAGAAAAAAUCGGUCGGAGUGGAGGUGGGUCUGUGACGAGAAACACCGGAGCCCUUUUCCAUCAGCUGGAGCGGCGGUGCAGCAUUGUUCAUUAUGUCUACCAGAACAUGCUGGGAGGCUCCAUCCGGGCACAGCUCAGGCAGUGUCUCCAGCUGCCCUUUCUGCGUUCUCUGACCUCCUACCGCCUCUUCCGAACAGCAAGUCCCUUUGACAGGAGAGUGACAUGCCUGGAGUGGCAUCCAACACACCCAAGUACUGUAGCUGUUGGUUCCAAAGGUGGAGACAUCAUUCUGUGGGACUACGAAGUACUUACUAAAACCUGCUUUAUAAAAGGGAAAGGGCCGGGAGAUUCUCUUGGAGACAUCAAGUUCAGUCCUUAUGAGGCAGUGAAGCUUUAUGUGGCAUCAGGGGAUGGCACCCUAAGCCUGCAGGACCUUGAGGGCAGAGCGGUGCAGGUGAUCUCCCGUGCCCCGGACUGUGGCCAUGAGCUCCAUAAUGUUUGUUGCUGGUACUGCAGCGUUGAUGUUUCUGCAAGCUGCCGCACUGUGGUGACAGGCGAUAAUUUGGGCAACGUGGUUCUGCUCAGCACUUCUGGUGAAGAGAUUUGGAAGCUGAAAUUGCACAAGAAGAAAGUAACUCACGUGGAGUUUAACUCUCGAUGUGAGUGGCUGUUGGCCACAGCAUCUGUGGAUCAGACAGUCAAAAUCUGGGACCUCAGAAACAUCAAAGACAAAACUAAUUUUCUUCAUGUGCUUCCUCAUGACAAACCUGUCAAUGCAGCUUACUUCAGCCCAACAGAUGGUGCCAAGCUGCUGAGUACAGACCAGCGCAAUGAAAUCAGGGUUUACUCGUGUUCAGACUGGACCAAGCCACAGCAUCUGAUCCCACACCCACAUCGGCAGUUCCAGCACCUCACACCUAUUAAGGCGACAUGGCAUCCUCGCUACGACCUCAUUGUAGCGGGUCGCUACCCAGACCCGAAGUUCCCCGGGUACACAGUGAAUGAGCUACGGACUGUUGACAUAUUUGAUGGAAACACCGGGGAGAUGGUUUGUCAGCUCCAUGACCCAAACGCAUCUGGUAUCAUCUCGCUCAAUAAAUUUAACCCUAUGGGAGACACACUGGCCUCUGGCAUGGGCUUUAAUAUUCUGAUCUGGAGCCGGGAGGAGAUGGUGGCGAAGAAGCAAGAACAUCUUCUGAAAGCCAUGACAGAACAGGGGAUCGGAAGCCGGAGUUUGUCCAGGCGUGGAGGGCAGAGACAGGCAAACCCAGGGACAAGCAAACUGAAAGCUAAGUUACUGUCUUGGGAUGUGGAAGAGAUGAGAACAAAGAGCAAAGAUUCUAAAUCACAGGCGAGGAAGAGAAAAGGGAAGGAUCUAGAAAACUGAUUUAGUCUUUUGAUCCUUUCUGGAUCAUAGAGGACAAAUUCAGUGCUGGCAGUGGGCAGCAUGAGUGCUGCAGGGCAUUAGCCUUCUUGCUUUGUCCUUCCUCCCUGGAUCUGAUCUUGCUUCCCUGAUUCCCUUUGCUUCCCCUUCUAGAGAGUUGUCAGUUCGUCCUCCAGGUGGAAUUACCACCCAUUUUCUGAGGCACCAGGGAAACUUCAGAGGUCUUCAGAUCCUGCUGCAGUUACUGCGUCCAGCCUGCCACAUCUGCUUGUUACCAGUAACAGAUUGGUAACAGAGGUUAUCACCUCGUGUAGCGCGCUGUGGAGCAGCUCAUGAUGGGGUCCCCAGAGAGUCCUAGUCACACUGAACUGAGGAAGCUUUUGUUAGCGACACUGAUGUCCUGAAAAGGUCGAAUAUUUGCAGGGGUGAGGUGAUGGAUAGCUUGGGUGACCUAGGGAACACCAGCCCUUCCCGUAUGCAAGCUUCUUGCAGAAUGUGCAUCUGUCAGAACCUCAGGCUUAGCCUGUUCUGUGCUUGCAGCUAUUUAACUAGACCACAAAGAACAUGCCAGAUCUCUUUAUCUGCCUUGUGGGAUGCAGGGGCAGUAUAGAGCUGGGAACCUACUGAUUCUGUAGUUUCUAUCUCGAGAACUCCAGGCUUUUUCUUGCUACCAAUUAGGUAAUUUUUUCACCCAUGCCUAUGCACGUCACAAUAUUGGAGAAGAGUGUUGUAAAGCAGAAAUGAGGGAUUUCUUCCAGACACCCCGUUUCAGAGCCAAAUCUUAAAACUGCUGUUAAACUGAAAAGUUUUGCAUAUUCUAGUUUGUUAAUAAAGCUGUCCGGGGCCUUGCUGCUGUUCCAGAGGUUGGUGGAUGGGACAGGCUCCAGGCCUGCUCAGAUUCUCUGUGUUCACUUUUGUAGUUUUGCAGUAUUGAUAUGAAUAAAGUUUUGUACUAAA